AAAAGAUCAUCUCCUUCCUCUCCACUUAUUUAUUUUUGUUCCUUCCACCAAAAUCCAAAUCCAUUCUCUGAAUCCCACUUCACAGACAGAAGAGAGGCACAGAGAGUCGGAAGAAGCUCCAGACAUGGCAUCUGCCGCCGCCACCAUGUUGCUAGCCCCCAGUAACAGAUUCAGCAUGUCAAGGCCGGUGGUCGUACGAGCAGCAGAAGAGGCGCCGCCGCCAGCAGCCACUACCGGGGCCCCGCCGGUUAAGCCACCUCCGAUUGGACCCAAGAGAGGGACCAAGGUUAAAAUUCUAAGGAAGGAAUCCUACUGGUUCAAGGGCGUCGGGUCAGUGGUAGCGGUGGAUCAGGAUCCGAAGAGCCGGUACCCGGUUGUUGUUCGGUUCAACAAAGUCAAUUAUGCUAAUGUAUCUACAAACAACUAUGCGUUAGAUGAAAUCCUAGAAGUUUAAUGAGUGUUUGUUCCUUUGAUUUGUUUGUAACCUUAGUUUCCCUUCAACCAACAGUGUGUAUCCAGACUUUCUCAACAACAUGUGUUAUUUUUCAUCUC